AUGGAAUACUUGUGUCAAGACCUGCUGGAUAUGCUUAGAUGUCAGGUGUGUUGGGAAACUCUGACACGCCCCAUUUUCAGAUGCAAGUUCGAGCACUUGCUGUGCCAACAGUGCUUUCAGAAAGUUACUCAGUGUCCCUCGUGCCGAGAACCACUGCAGGACAACUUGCGCUCUCUUUCCAUGGAACGGCUGGCGGAUAUUGUGCGCUCCCCUUGCAAGUACAGAGAAGUUGGCUGCCCCGAAGUGCUGCUGCUGAAGACUAAGCGACACCACGAGGAGGCGUGCACUUUCAGGCUGUGCAGUCCUGGGGCUGUGGAGCAGUACGUCGGCUGCGGCCACAGAGACCAGCCGCCGGCGGCACCGAACGGAGUCUUCAGGCUCACGGUGUCUUCCACAACCGUCUUAGAGUUCAAAGUGGCCCGCUCCGCGGUGCACGCUGCAUCUGUCCCGACGACGUUCCUCACGCCACAUUACUCGCACGUCACCACGUGGCACAGGAAUUGCGUGCUACAGAACCUCACUACCGCUUCAAGGUGCGCCUGGAUCCGGAUGGACUUUCUACAGGGGACCCGUGAUACACUAUAG